UCUUCCACACACACAAGAAUAUUCAAACUAACCUCCGUGUUUUUCAAAUUUUCAACCCAAAAUUCUCCAAUAUUUUCUUUAUUUAUCCUCUCAACUAGAUCAACAAUUACAUUUAUUUUUGUUUCUUCACUUUCCCAAAAAAAAAAAAAAAAAAAAAACCAACAUCAAGAUGAACGAUCUCUUAUCUCGCUCAUUCUCCGGCGGCCGCACCGGAGACAUCGAGAUGGGAAACACCGGCGAGACCGCUGGUACGAAUCUCGAAAGGUUUUUCCAAGAAGUGGAUGCAAUCAAAGAAGAAUUAAAAGCUUUAGAAACGCUUCACAAACAACUUCAAUCCUCCAACGAGCAGAGCAAAACAUUACACAGCGCGAAUUCGAUCAAGAGUUUAAAGACUAAAAUGGAUAACGACGUCGCUUUAUCGCUUAAAAAAGCGAAACUCAUCAAGACCGGUCUAGAAGCGUUAGACCGGUCUAAUGAGACCAACAGGAGUCUCCCUGGCUGCGGGCCAGGGUCCUCCACGGACAGGACACAAAUAUCCGUAGUCAACGGUGUUCGUAACCAACUAAAAGUGUUUAUGAAGUCAUUCAACGAGCUUCGCGAGAAAAUGGCGGCCGAGCAUAGAGAAACCGUUCAACGACGGUAUUACACCGUUACUGGCGAAAACGCGGAUGAAUCUACUCUUGAGAAGCUCAUCUCGACGGGUGAAAGCGAGACGUUUUUGCAAAAAGCGAUUCAAGAGCAGGGGCGAGGGCAGGUGAUGGAGACAGUGUUGGAGAUUCAGGAACGACACGAUGCUGUGACGGUUAUUGAGAGAAACUUGAAGGAGUUGCAUCAGGUGUUUAUGGAUAUGGCGGUUUUGGUCGAGCAUCAAGGGGAACAACUUGAUGAUAUCGAGACUCAUGUGAACCGGGCUAACUCGUUUGUGACACGUGGCGCAGCGCAGUUGAAUGAGGCGCGAAAGAAACAGAAGAAUACUAGAAAAUGGACUUGUUUUGGGAUCCUUUUGUUGUUGAUUAUAAUUGCUAUUAUUGUUUUGUCUAUUAGACCAUGGAAGUAGAAAGGCUUAUUCAAGAUGGUUUGUUGAAAAAUUGGUAUGUUAUUUGUUAUUUAUUGUUCUUGUUUAUAGAGAAUUUGUUAUGGGUGAGAUUGAUAUACUAUAGUUUGAUAUUGUAAUUUAAGAGCAUAUGGAGUCUGCUGUUAUAUAUAUUUUUUCAAGAUUUAA